AAUCCGCAGAUGAUUCUGCCCCUUUGUAAUUUCCUAGUCUCUUUUACAUUUUGUCUAUCAAUUCAUAGAACUGUGCCUAUUCCGUCGCUACGUCAUGGAAUCGCAGGUAGCACACCAAAGUCACACAUUUUGGUACAAGGACCACUAAAUGCUGUAAUUUCCAGCAAUAUACACUAUGCUCUCAUAAGUAGUGACAUUAUAGACAGAGUAAACGCGCACCUAGAGGAGCAGGCGGUUAGGUACACGAAAAAACUCUUGAAAAACUACGUAAUCAGAAAGAUAAACAAUGCUAUCGGCAGCAUAAAGGCAAAAUUCACUAGCAUACGUCAGAAAAUCGCAGGAAUCUAUAACAACGCCCUCGAAAAUCGGAAAAAGGCAGUCACCUCCAGACACCCACUCAGACACGCAAAAUGGACAAUAAAUUGCCGCUACAACUCAAACUACUCUGAUAGAUCCACAGACGUUGAGGAAAUUCAGUUUUUUGAGGACGGAUCGUUGAUCACAUCUUCCGGAAUCACGGGUAAUUUCUGCUUCUGCUUGCUCAUGUUCACAGGUUACUGGUACUCUGACUUUGGUGAUAUUACGUGGAAGAUCCCGUCCAAGGACGGAACAUUCACCUAUUACAACGCCCAGAUUUGCUGGAAUAGCUGUGGACCGUUUGCAUUCAUGAGAAGAGGCGUCAUUUUCAAGGACAGGAGUCCGAAUGGAUGGAUUCCAACCUACCUCUUUCGUCCAGUCAUUGGAAAGUUUACUGCACAGGGAACUGAAUAGUCCACAAUCUCACAUGCCAGCAACAGGCAUUUUAGUAUGGAUAAUGUAAAUUUAAAUUUGUUAAAAUGG